CUCCAGUCUUCCUCUCUCCUUGGUAGAAAGUGCUGGACGCUUUUGGGAGUUUCGCAGUUUGUCGUCGCUGAACGCUGAGAGUACAAGCAGUUAGGAUGCCGCGUGGAAGCCGAAGCCGUACUUCCCGGGUGACUCCUCCGGCCAGCCGGGCCCCUCAGAUGAGGGCUGCUCCCAGAAGAGCACCAGCAGCUCAGCCUCCAGCCACAGCUGCCGCCCCAUCUGCAGUCGGCUCCCCUGCUGCUGCCCCUCGGCAGCCAGGCCUGAUGGCCCAGAUGGCUACCACUGCAGCCGGUGUGGCUGUGGGCUCUGCGGUGGGGCACACCCUGGGUCACGCCAUCACCGGGGGCUUCAGCGGAGGGGCUAAUGCUGAGCCUGCGAGGCCUGACAUCACUUACCAGGAGCCUCAGGGAGCCCCGCUACAGAACCAGCAGUCUUUUGGACCUUGCUCUCUAGAGAUCAAGCAGUUCCUGGAGUGUGCUCAGAACCAGAGCGAUGUCAAGCUCUGCGAGGGCUUCAAUGAGGUGCUGCGGCAGUGCAGGAUUGCAAAUGGUUUAAUCUAAUCAA